AUGUCAGCCAUUGGCUUCGCCAACCUGGUGCUACGGCAAGAGGAGGAAGCACAGGCCCCAUCGUGCGAAACAGGCAAUGAAUACGACGGUCGUAUAGGCCUUCGUGUUGCAGCCCUUUUCAUAAUAUGGGUCACCUCGUCCAUCGGUGCCGUCUUCCCCGUGUUCGCCAAACGCCAUGAAGGAGUCCGAAUUCCCGACUGGGUCUUCUUUGCGUGCAAAUACUUCGGCUCCGGCGUCAUCAUAGCAACAGCCUUCAUACACUUGCUGGGUCCCGCCGAAGAAGCGCUCACGAAUCCAUGCUUGACAGGUCCCAUCACAGAAUACUCAUGGGUGGAAGGUAUAAUCCUCAUGACCAUCAUCGUACUGUUCUUCGUCGAGCUCAUGGUCAUGCGUUACGGCAACUUUGGCGGACACUCACACGAUCAUGGCGAUGAGACAACUGCGGAAUUGGCGGCAUACAGUGACGAUCCAAAGAGGAGUCCAGGUUCUAUACCAGAACCAGAAAUCACUCCUCGCAAGGAUCACCGUGCGUCGGUACAUGCUCCUGCUCAUGAUCAUCACGGCCAUGCUCGCGAGCACACCGACAUCGAGGAUGCAUCAAGCCCGCUGAGCUUGGAGGAUUACAAGGCACAAAUGACAGCAAUCUUCAUUCUCGAAUUUGGAAUAAUAUUCCAUUCCGUCUUCAUCGGUCUCACUCUUGCCGUCGCAGGCGAAGAAUUCACUACGCUCUUCAUCGUCCUCAUCUUCCACCAGACAUUCGAGGGUCUCGGUCUGGGAUCACGGCUCGCUCUGACACCUUGGCCUAAGGGUCGUCGGUGGACUCCCUAUCUUCUCGGCUUGGCUUAUGGUCUAUCCACACCUAUUGCCAUCGCCAUUGGUCUCGGGGUGCGGAACACGUAUCCUCCAGAGUCGGCCACAACCCUGAUCGUCAACGGCGUCUUCGACUCGAUAUCGGCAGGCAUUCUGAUCUACACUGGAUUGGUCGAACUGCUUGCGCACGAGUUCAUGUUUAAUACAACGAUGCGCAAGGCGAGCAUAAAGGUGGUGAUGACGGCCUUCGUGCUGCUAUGUGCUGGCGCUGGUCUGAUGGCACUGUUGGGCAAAUGGGCGUAG